AUGAUUAUCAUUAUGAGCGUUCGUUUUAAUCUUCUAGCUGGUUGUGAAAGUGGUAUUGUUAAAGGAAUUGAUACCACAAAUAAUGGCAUCUAUGUUAUCCAUAAACCAGCUGAAACAUAUGCUGAUGCCAUAACCCUUUUGGAAUGGUCUCUAGCAAACGAUGAGAUCGAUUAUAUGCAAGCGUUCAUUGCCACCAAAAAGAACAAUAUUUUACGUUUUAGUUUUGCCAAAGAAUCAAUACAACAGAUUGGCACCAUAAAACGUGCGAGUCCGUUGAAAGGUUUAGCUUAUUUGGGUGAAGAUAGAUUUGUAACAUGUUCCGAAAAUGGAUGUCUCUCGAUCGAUCGUAUUCGUAAUGAAUCUCUUGAGUCCGAAAUUGAAGCAAAUGCUGGCCCAGAUAUCUGUCGAUUGCGUAUCAAUCCCUUCAAUCGAACACAUUUUGGAACCGGUGGAAAAGAAAACGACUUGAAAAUCUGGUCGAUCGAGGAAUUGAUGAAGAAUGAGAAAGCAAAAAAUAAAGCAGUUAUCUUCCAAGCAAAAAAUGUCCGACCAAAUACUGUUCGACUGCGUAUGCCUGUUUGGGUAACAGAUUUUCAAUUUCUUGAUGAACGGAAUCGGUGUCUUGUUGUUACUGGACAUCACCAAAUUCGUCUCUACGAUCCACAAUCGAGUGCACGUCGACCUGUUCAAGAGAUUGAAUUCGAACAAUGCCCGAUCAUGUCACUUGCAUUACUACACUCUUCAAACAACGAACGUUUUCUCGUCGGAAAUACUCAAGGCGAAAUGGCGCAAUUCGAUCUCAAACAUCUCUCAUCAAUCGUUCACAAAUACCGAGGUGUAAUCGGUAGUAUUCGUGCUAUAGAAACCCAUCCAACAUUGCCAUUGAUUGCAUCAGCUUCGAUAGACCAAUAUGUUCGUAUUCAUGACGCUGAAACCCAUCGACAGAUAUCAAAAUUCUUUCUCAAGUCUCGUCUUACAUCAGUAUUGUUUUCAUCGCAUACGAUCGCCAAUCAUGAAGAACAAAACGAGAAACCAACGGAAACAAAUACUGAUGAAAUCGAAAAUGACGAAGUUUGGUCACAAUUUAAACGAAAAUCAACAAGAGGUCCUUCAGAUCGAUCAUCAUCAAGCUCGAAUUCGAAGAAGAAAAGAAAAACGACUGUUUUGAGUGAAUAA